AUGAUCAGUGUUUCCAGGAGGCAGGAACCAGUGCCAAACGGGUCUGUUCGGACCACCGCCAAAAUGAGCAAAAGGAUGUUCUGCAAGACUAAUGAUAACAGAGUGCCACGCAGUGUUAACACCAUAGCUCGUGGCCUCAGGCGCGCCAAAAGUCUCUCCGGCUCCUCCCGUUUCACCAAUAUCUCCUACGGGGUGACGUCAAUCCAGCGGCGCCUAAGAACUUGGAGAUCGUCGGAGACCUCGAGAGGAGAAUCGAAUAUGCGAAGAGAACGACUGGAGCAUACUAGGGAACGCAAGGCAGCUCGAACACUGGCCAUAAUUACAGGCUGUUUCAUCCUCUGCUGGUUACCCUUUUCCAUCAAUGCUCUCAUUAGACCCUUCUGCGGGCCGAGAUGUGACGUGCCGCACUCUGUGAACAGUUUCCUCCUCUGGUUGGGCUACAUGAACUCCAUGCUAAACCCCAUAAUUUACACCAUUUUCUCGCCGGACUUUCGUUCAGCCUUCAGCAAAAUUAUAUCCUGCCGUUAUCGGUCAUGUGAUACGUGCAUUUGUAUGUGA